GGGUGCGGCAGUUGGGAGGUGAUACAGUGACAGUAACAGAAAUAUCAUCGUAUUUAUUGACGAAACGCUUGUCUCCUCCCCUUUAAUCGGAAAGGUGGGACUUAGCGAUUGUAUGUCAAUAGUGAGCGCCGCCUUGCGCAUGCGCAAACUAUCUUUGAAUCAUAAUUUGUUAAGAAUGAAAGGUACACAAUCGCUAUGAUGUGUUUGACCGACGAGAUUGGUCCUUCACACAAUAAAGUAGCUCUGAAGGGCUUGCAAAAACCCAAAGUGGAAGUCAGAAUUACGUCUUGACAUACGUUAUGUCCCUCAGUCCACGGCCGCACACAACACCGUUUUCAGUAACAGACAUUCUAAGUCCUAUCGAAGAGACUUACAAGAGGACCACUAUUGAGGCGAACAUCCCUCCGCUUACCCCUUACAGGAACCACACCCAACACCCAACCCAUCAGAUGGGCAGCAUGAGUGCCACCAACCCCUACCACACGGGAUAUGUGCCUCCCCUGUCCCAUCACACACCCAGCUUCCCGCCCCAGUACUGCAAUGCCCCGGACUUUGGAUAUGGGGACCCUCGGACUACCAGUGCCUCUUGGUACGGCAACAACAGGGAUGCUGGCUUCACACUGUCCAGACUCAUCAAUGGCCCCAGCUCGUGCGCCAUGUCUCCGAUGUCAUCCGGGAUGAACAUGAACCACGUAAACAUGUCUGCCCUUGGUGGGUUUGAGCACACCAAGCCCCAAGGGAUACAGUUUCCUAUCACUCAGCGACGCAAGAGACGAGUACUGUUCUCACAGGCUCAGGUCUACGAACUAGAGAGACGGUUCAAACAACAGAAAUACCUGUCGGCUCCGGAACGUGAACAUCUGGCCAGUAUGAUCAACUUGACCCCAACACAGGUGAAAAUUUGGUUCCAGAAUCACCGCUACAAGUGUAAACGUCAAGUGAAGGAUAAAGACAAGCCCGACUCGCAGUCCCCCGCCAGCUCCCCCUCCGCGUCAUCGCAACAGUCCUCCCCUGGACAACAGUCUCAGAACUCUCAUCCCACACAGUCCUCGCCCAGACGGGUGGCAGUGCCCGUCCUAAUCAAGGACGGCAAAUCGUGUUCCAGUUCCGGUGACACACAAACCACAACGCACGCACAGCAGUCCUCACAGCAAAGUUCGAUGGCAACAACGCGAAUUAGUGCUUCAUCUCAGGGAACAACUUCCGGUGGACAUCAUUCAACGUCACAUCAUAGUUCAAACUCCAAAUCCAUGCAGAACUCUCAUUCACUAAACACACCGCCUUUAUCGGCCCACUGUGGACCAAACUCUCAUCCAACUCUCAACGGAGGCAUUCAUCAAAACUUGCAUUAUCAACCUUCCGGUAUGACCGGAAGUACUUUGGGUUCAUCUCCGUAUAUUCUAAAUGGGAGGACAUGGUGAUGGAACUCUUCGUAAUAUCCUGGAAUGAAUUCUACAUUUCUGAUUUUGGAAACUUGAGAACAAAUACUGGCUACUUGUGCUAUUUCAAGAUUUGUUCGAGAAUCGGAGGGAUUUUUGUAAUCUAUUUGGUAUAUGUGGAUGUUUCCGAAUUAAAAACACUAUUUGUGAAGGUUUCGAAUGGUGUGCACAUGGCAGCUGACGUGAACAGGAGCUCGUAAACUAGUGUCGUAAAUGUGUAAAUCCGUCGGACCUAGCACAGUCCCUCUAAAUAAAUUUGCUUUUGGCUAAUAAAUUCCUGUCGAUCUCAAUAAACAUUUAUUGCUGUUAUAAAUAUAUGUGGAUGUUUGUUAGUCGGCGUGUAAAACAUGGCUCAUUCUCAGGUGUUACGGCAGAGUUCCGUGUACUGACGAUGUGUGCUUGGGCUAUGGCAUGGUAUGUCAACGAGAACCAGUAUUUUAACGAUGGACUGGGACUACGAACAAAUAUAAUUAUGUUUAUAAAUUGGACGUGUUUCCAUUUAAACCAGAAUCGAACGCACCUAUUGCAAGUUUGCGACUCUGGUGUGACCGAACCAGUCCGCAUCCGUGCUGGCGCAGCUCUGUGCUAGAACGUUCGUCACGUCAUCGUGACUCUUGCAUCUGCUUUGAUUCCGUACCUGUUGAAUGAAAGGUUUACACACAGCAAGGUUAAAGGUCAUUUGAAUCCUCAGUAUGUUUUGUCUUAUCUUAACUUAUAAAAGAAAACGCAUUUUUUCUGUUGAUGUCUUUGUGUAUAUUUGAGCGCCAUAUUCUAUGUAUGUAUGUUUCUACAACUCUUCUAAUUAAAUAUUGUAGUUAAACUAAAGAUUGA